AUGCCUCAGAGCGCGUCAUUUCGCUGCAUGCGCUGUACAGCUUUACGCAGCUUCUGGACUUUGUUUGCCGGAAGGAGAUGGUGCGAUGCCGCGGGGGUCUCCUCUUUUUCUGCCGCCGUCCGCACUCUUUGUUUCCGGCCUGCUGGAAGGCGCCACCACUGGCUCUCCACGGGCGUCGGAAAAAAGCUUUUGGUGAGACACUUUGUUGGGUCGCAGGAGGGUGGCGGGAGACUGCUGCCGACAACGGGGUUUGUGUGUUACGAGAAGAUGGUGAGCCUGAUGGGCAGUGCGAUAGGGCACGUUAUGCUCCACACCUACGACACACCGGGUGAACCGCGCUUUGGGGGCCGGCACCGCUUUAUUUGUCCCAACUCCCACACGGCCAGUCUCUGA